AGCAUGGCAUGUUGGGUAACCUUUCUCCAUCAUGGCGGAUCAGGUAGUCGGCUAACGUGAACGGUUAGCAUAUUCAACGAUUGUUCGGCUUCACACAUCUCAGGACUGCGGCCAGUUGGCGUUUUCUCCACGGGAACUGCAGCCACCGAACAGAAGCUGGUGUUGAGUGAGGGAGCAGCACACCAGAGGCAUUAAGAGGGCCUUUACAAAACCAGGGUCAAUGGAAUGUGCAGUGGAAAUUCCCUCAGGUGAGGAUGAGGCACCUGAGAAAGAUGACAUAAAUGCCAAGGAAGGAAAUGAGCCACCUCACAAGAAAAACAAGAAACACAGAAAACACAAGAGCAAGAAGAAGAAAAAGAGGAGGAAGGGGGAAAAGGAGAGCAGUUCAGAGUCUGGUGCUGAUUCGGAUGUGGAGCCACCACCUCCACCGAGACCUGUCAGGACAACCAGAGCCAGUGCCAGACUGGCUGCAGCAGCUACAGGGGCUGAAGACAAUGCUGGGCUGAAGGAAGAGGGCAAAAGGGAUGUAAUUACAGAUCGUGCGGAAACGGAAGGUGAUGCAAAAUCCAAAAAACACAAAAGACAUGCUGCUAAGAAGAAGAAAAAGAAGAAGAAGAAGGAUGAAAAGCAGGAAAAGAAAUCCCCAUCUCGCUCCCCAUCUGAAAGCAGCUCGGCUUCAGGUUCUGAGUCUGAAGGUGAAGGAGGUAAAGGGGCUGGUGAUGGCAAAUACUCUCCAGCUGCAGCAUCUGACCUGCAAGAACCAGUGUCCAAACUGGUUCCAAAAAGCAAACGAGGGGAGGAGAAGGGGGUUCCUAUCCUUACACAGAAUUCUGAUGUGCUUGGAGUGAAGAAAGAAGAAAUAUCAGAUAUGGCUGUGUCCCCAUCUGGAGGGAAGGGCAAUAACACAAAUGGCUCAGAAAAGGACACUAGGUCACCCUCUGCAGGCCAGGAUGAGAUAACACAGACAGCAACAGUUAAGGUUAAGACAGAGGGUAGUCAUGCUGGUAGUACAUUCAGUCAUGCCCAUGAACUCCCUGACAUUAUCCCUAAACAGGAAGGUGCUACCCCAAGAGAUGACCCAGGCCUUAAAGAUCAGGCCAAUUCAGUUCAGCGGCCAAAGGCCAAGGAACAUGAUUCUUCCAGGUCUAGGUCUCCCUCCCCUUCCAGGGGCCAAGACAUUAAGAGGUCUGGGUCAAGACAUAGUCCGUCACCUUCACCUAGUCCUAGUAGGCAGCAGUCUGAUGGUCAAACUGCAACAGCAGUGAAAGAACGGUCAAGAAGCCUCUCCAGGUCAGUCUCAAAGGGAGAACGUUCUAAAACUCCUCUAAAGAGCCGGCAGCUGUCCCGCUCUCUGUCCGGCUCUCAGUCCCCUAAAUCUAGGAGGAAGUCACUCUCCCCGUCCCCAAAGUCAAAGUCACCCAAAAGAGCUAGCUGUCGGUCCCGGUCCACCUCUCGCUCCCCAACCCCCAAGAAGAAGGCGCCAAAGGCGUCAAAGAAGUCCAAGUCUCCUAAACGUCGGAGGACUUCAUUGUCUGUUUCCCCAAAGCGACGCAGAAGCUCCCACUCACCUAAAAGAAAGGUGUCACGAUCCCCUAAACGUGGUGGGCGCAGGUCCCCCUCUCUAUCUCGGUCUCCAAGGAGAAGUCGAAGGUCAGAGUCACGGCCCCGUGGAGGCAAUAGGCGUUCCAGGACCCGCUCACCUAGACGAGGUGGUGCAGUUGGCAGGCGUUCACGAUCACGUUCCAUUAAUAGAACCCGUCGCUCCCACUCUAGAUCAAGACGCCCUGUUCAUCGCUCCAGGUCGCGGUCACUGGGAAGGCGCACAGGAGGCAGGCGCUCCAGGAGUCGAUCUGUGUCUAGACGUAGGAGGUCACCACCCCCAAGAUCCCGCCGCUCACGAUCCCGGUCUGUCCGCAGGAGCAGGCGAACUCGAUCACGUUCCGUUGUAGUCCUUAAGCGCAACCGUCGCUCCAGAUCUAAGAGUCCCCGCAAAAGGACCAAAUCCAGGACCCCUCCUUCCCGACGAAAGUCUACAUCCCGAUCACCUAUCAGAAAGCGCUCUCGAUCCCCUGCCAGGAGAAAUCGCUCUCCACCAAGAUCUAGCAAACGCUCCAAAUCCCGCUCCUUGUCUCGGAGGCAUUGGUCAAAGUCACGCUCACCACCACCUGGCAAGAGGAGGUCCAAAUCUCCUAGGAAGGGUGGCAGAAGGUCAAAGUCUAAAUCUGACUCUGCAGUUUUGAAUAAAUCUAAGUCCAGUUCCAGGUCUGAGUCAAGUGAUGGGGAGUCUGAGAGCUCCUCCCCAGCCAGAUCCACAUCUUCCUCUCCUGUUAAAGAAAAGAAGCCAUCCUCUCCUAAGGUAGAGCAGACAGCUGGUGGGAAGGCAACAAGCGAAAGUGGAGAUGUUCCAGCUACAACAGGUGUGUGGAAACCCAUGACCUCAGCAGUUGCCUCCAGCCCCCCUGCUGCAAGCUCCUCCGAUAAGUUGCCGCCCCAGACGCUUGCUCCCAACAAUGACAAGCAACAGAGAGAGAGUGCCAGCUCAUCCAAUGAACAAGAUGUCUCCAGGUCUGGUUCCAGAGAGCCUGGCACAAGCCCAGAAAAGUCAGAUUGUUCAGAAGGCUCAGAUGAAGAAGAGGAAUCUCCCGUUAAAACCCUUCUCAGGCUCCUCAGCUCUACAGGUCCAGCAUCUCCGGGAGAGCAGAAGAAGCAGCUGUCCAAGUCACGCUCACCUGGACCGGAUCGCAGGAAACUUUCACGCUCAACUUCUUCGCCUCGACGAUCCACGUCAAAGUCUGCAUCCAGAAAGAAGCAGUCUAGGUCUAAGUCUCCAGUGAGGAAAAGAGAAUCUGUCUCACCAAUAGAAAGGAAGAAGCGGCGGUCUAAAUCUCGGAGUCUUGCCCGGCGGAGGAGGUCACGCUCUGCUGCACGACGUAAGCGUUCACGCUCCAAGUCACGGACCAGGGUCCGCAGGUCCAAGUCCCGCUCUCCAACCCGCAAGAGGCGAUCCCGUUCACCUAACACCCGUGGGAGGAGGAGGUCCAAGUCCACAGACAGAAGCAAGCGAUCCAAGAGCCGCUCCACAGGCCGGAGGAAAAGGUCCAGGUCAGGAGACAGAAGCAGGCGCUCGAGGUCACGUUCCUCUGACCGCAGACGCAGGUCUAGGUCAAGGGGUCGAGGCAGGCGCCCAGCAUUUCGCAGUCGUUCGUUCGAUAGACGUGACAGGUGGAAAAGGGAACCUAGCCACUCUCCAGUUCUCAUUCUUCGCAAACAGCGCCGCUCAGGGUCCCGAACACGACGCAGCACCAGCAAGACUCCUCCACGGCUCACUGAACUGGAUAAGGACCAGUUACUGGAGAUAGCCAAAGCUAAUGCUGCUGCCAUGUGUGCUAAGGCGGGGGUGCCCAUUCCUGAGAGUCUUCGGCCAAAAGCCAUCCUCCAGCUCCCUCUCCCAACUCCAUCUCCUGCCCCCCUCUCCUUACCCCUACCUUUACCUCUCCCAAUGGGCAUGGGGAUGCCAAACAUGCCGAAUAUGCCCAACAUGGGUCCAAUGGGGCUAUCCAAUAUUCCAGGAAUGCCCAGCAUGUCAAACAUCACCAUGAGUGCCGCUAUGGCCAGUAUGACAGCAGCUACUAUGACAGCUGCCUUGACCAAUAUGGGUGCUCUGGCUGCCAUGCCUCCUCUUGCUCCACUUCCUACCAUCACAAACAAGCCUCCCCCGUGCCUCGCCCCACCAACGCCAACCCUUAACUUGGACCACAUCGAGGAAGCAAAGCGGAAGGUCACUCAGCAAGCUAACAUACACACCAUCAAGGAGCUUACUGAGAAGUGUAAGAUGAUUGCAAAUAGCAAGGAGGAGAUGGCCAUUGCUAAACCUCAUGUCUCAGAUGAUGAAAGCUAAAACCAACAAGCCCUCAUGCCACUCCCUGGAAGGACUUAAGGAAAAUGUAAAGAAAAAAAAAAGAAAAAAAGAAAGAAAAAAAAAAAGCUUUAUAGGAGGACCUACCUUUCCCACAGUUCCCUUUGGCAGCCAGAUGACCUGACUGAGCCUCAUAAACCACCAAGAAGACCACCCUAGUUGUCACAGUUACAAUAUAGGCGCACCGGCCCAACUCAGCUCACCAGUUUGUUUCUGUUUGUGUGAGAGAUAGAGAGACUGGCAGACUGUCACCUGUGAUACCACUGAGAAAACUGGGCACACUGACAUGUGUGCACAGUUGUAUGACUGUAUAGUGAGUGUGAAUUGUGUGUGUAUGUGUAUAUAGUGACUUUCACCAACAACUCCUCAGUGUUGCUGCUCAUUUAAGCAGUCACUGUUGUAAAGACUGAAGAGGAAAAGAAACCAAACUAACUAGUGGCGCAAGUGUUUUUGUAAAAGAUUAGUUUCUCUAAAUUUGUUUUACUUUUAUGCUUUCUUAAAGGAUGUUAAGUGGAAACUGCUUCCUUGUUCUGCUGUAUUUCCCUCAGUUAUUCCUAGUCCCUGGUUUUAUAAACUAAUAAUGCAGACGAAGUUUUGGUAGAUCCUCACGUGAUUCUUUCACAGAGUGACCACAUGUUGUGAAUCCUGGAACAGGGUGCAAGAUUGGAUUAUUUUGAAGGAAGGGAAUAACUAAAUAUAAUGGCUGCAAAAAUAAGGUUUGAAUUUUGACUAUGACAAAUAUUAUCACCUAUAUUCACAAAACACAGUGAAAUUCAAUUAGAACUGCCCUGGGUGUGAUUUCCCCCCCUCCAUUUUAAAUGGCACCAAACUAAUCUUUCAUUGGGCUUUGUUGGGUUGUUCAACUUGGAAACCACUUUGCUGUAGAUUUAAAUGGACAUUUCAUCUGCCACAGUUUUAACACCAAUAUCCUAAAGUGUGUUUAUAUAUGAUAUAAUUUAAAAUGCACAAAAACUGUACCAUUAGUACGUCCUGGGAUUUGCGAAUUGGGUUGAUCGCUGUCUUAGAGAUCCCAGAUAUUGGACCUUGCCAACAGAACAGAACCUACCAUAAUCCCAGAUUGAGAUAAAUGCUGAUCUAAUUAAUUGGACCUUGAACCACAAAGCUUAAUUAACAUCAAUGCAUAAUUUUUUUGUUCUUCUCAUAAAACAUGAGGGAUGAACAUGCCACUUCCCUUAAACUUCACACUAUAAGUAGAAGUAAUUAUUACAUUUCUAUUUCACUGUGUGACUGAAUACAUGAUAAACAAUUGGCAUUUAAAAAAAAAUACACUUUUGCCCUUCUGUUGCUGUUUAUACUACUAAAACGUCAUUUUUGUCGCUGGCUUUCUUUUUAGAGGCACACAUGGAGAACGCUUCACUAAUUCACUUAAUGAGCUGGGGGUGAAUGAAGAAAGUUUAUACUAAAUCCCAAACUGUGACAUCGUUAAAAGUUGUGUGCAUUAGACAAUCAGGUUCUUUGUUUCAAGAUGCUUUUUUGAAGAAAGAACUAAAACGACAUUAAAUUUACACAUCUCACAGCGAUGGCAAAUAGGAAAGAAUAGUUAUGGAUAGCAGAUUGUGUAGUAAAUUGCAAACAUAACAAGAAACCCAACAAACCCUUUUCAAUUAAUCCACUGAUACAUUUCCCUGGCCCAUUGAAGGUCUUCUGUGUGAGCUGCGUCUGGGUAAUUUGUAUUUCCCAGAAUGCUUUUGUUCCAUUGGAUAACUGAAGAACAAAAACAAAAUUGGUGCUUUUGGGAAAACUGGCAGGGAUGAGGUUUUUAAGGAAUCUUGCACUCAUAACUCAUUUAUUGUCAUUGGAGAGGGAAAUAAUUUUGGAUCCAUCGUCAACCUCCCAUGCCCAGGCCUGUUUAACUGUGGAAGGUAAUCCGUGAAGGUUUUGUCAAACUGUAAUUAUACUGACUCUGUACCAAAAGUGUUGAACUGUUUAAUUGAUUCCCUCAGAUAAUCUUUAGCUAUUUUAAUGACAGAAGAAAAAAAAAGAAGAAAAUGCAUUUUAGGAUUCCUUUUUUUUUUUUUUUUUUUUUUUUGGUCAUUUGAGUAUGACAUCGCUUGCUUUGUACAUAAAUGUGUUGAUGAUUAUUAAAAACCUCAAUGAUCUGUA